UUUAAGCUUUAUAAAGUUCCUCUUUCCCAUCUCCGAUACUUAGUUUCAACAGUUGAACUUGGGACCCACUGCUGCCCUCAGCUACGAGUUUGGGGCGAGCGCAGAGCUAGAGCAGGAGGCGGAUCCUAGGCGCGUGAGGGCGACAUUAGGCGCGCUGGGCAUGAACCUGGAGGGCAGCGGCCGAGGCGGAGAGUUCGGCAUGAGCUCGGUGAGCUGCGGCAACGGGAAACUCCGCCAGUGGCUGAUUGACCAGAUCGACAGCGGCAAGUACCCAGGGCUGGUGUGGGAGAACGAGGAGAAAAGCAUCUUCCGCAUCCCCUGGAAGCACGCGGGCAAGCAAGACUACAACCGCGAGGAGGACGCCGCCCUCUUCAAGGCUUGGGCACUAUUUAAAGGAAAGUUCCGAGAAGGCAUAGAUAAGCCAGACCCUCCUACCUGGAAGACACGCUUACGAUGUGCUUUGAACAAGAGCAAUGACUUUGAGGAACUGGUUGAGAGAAGCCAGCUGGACAUCUCAGACCCCUACAAAGUAUACAGGAUUGUUCCUGAGGGUGCAAAAAAAGGAGCAAAGCAGCUCACCCUGGAGGACCCACAGAUGACCGUGAGCCACCCCUACACCAUGACAGCUCCUUAUACCUCACUCCCAGCUCAGCAGGUUCAUAACUACAUGAUGCCACCCCAUGACCGAAGCUGGAGGGAGUACGUCCCUGAUCAGCCUCACCCAGAAAUCCCAUAUCAAUGUCCUGUAACGUUUGGACCCCGUAGCCACCACUGGCAAGGCCCAGCUUGUGAAAAUGGUUGCCAGGUGACAGGAACCUUUUAUGCUUGUGCCCCACCUGAGUCCCAGGCCCCCGGAAUCCCCAUAGAGCCAAGCAUAAGGUCUGCUGAAGCCUUGGCGCUCUCAGACUGUCGACUCCACAUCUGUUUGUACUACCGAGAGAUCCUGGUGAAAGAGCUAACCACAUCUAGCCCUGAAGGGUGUCGGAUCUCCCAUGGGCAUACCUAUGACGCCACUAACCUGGACCAGGUCCUUUUCCCCUACCCAGAGGACAAUGGCCAGAGGAAAAACAUUGAGAAACUUCUGAGUCACCUGGAAAGGGGUGUGGUCCUGUGGAUGGCCCCUGAUGGGCUUUAUGCCAAAAGACUAUGCCAGAGCAGAAUCUACUGGGAUGGGCCCCUGGCACUGUGCAGUGACCGGCCCAACAAGUUGGAGAGGGACCAGACCUGCAAGCUCUUUGACACACAGCAAUUUUUAGCAGAGCUACAAGCAUUUGCUCACCAUGGCCGUCCCCUGCCAAGAUUCCAGGUAACUCUGUGCUUUGGGGAAGAGUUUCCAGAUCCUCAGAGGCAAAGGAAGCUCAUCACUGCUCACGUCGAACCUCUACUAGCCAGACAACUGUAUUAUUUUGCUCAGCAGAACAGUGGACAUUUCCUGAGGGGCUAUGAUUUACCUGAACAUGUUAGCAGUCCAGAGGAUUAUCAUAGAUCUAUUCGCCACUCCUCCAUUCAAGAAUGAAAACCAAGACAAGUGAUUUUGUUUCAUUUAAACAUCUGACUUUGACAGGAACAGCUGAUUGAACUCCCUCUUUGUCUUUUGAGAAACUUGGAAACUGGGGCUUCAGUUCAACACUUCAGGAGAAUCUCAGCGAGAAUGAGUGUAAAAAACCAGCUCCAUGUAAAUGACAGAUGAGCUUAUUCCAAAAGGAAGGAUGGUCUUCAGGGUCUUCUGUAGACUGCCAUCUUUGAUAAUUACUGUGAAAAUUGACCAAAGAAGGUGUUUACAUUUACUUAAAUGAUAUCUUUAAUUUGA